ACCAAAACCCAACUUAUCCGAGAAGCGCUUUCCGAUCCCCUUGGAAAGGAAAGCAAGCGAGGAUGUCAGCCGUUGUGCCUGAGGCGUCAGGCAUUUGGGGUUGGCGCGGAGGAAGCAGAUUGAGAAGUGACGCUCGACUUUGCCGACGAGCGUGAGGAGCAGUGGCGAUUGCGGCCUGUCGGCGAUUCGCCGCGCCGUCGUUUCGACAUCACGUACCGAUGGUUGUGCGAGAUGUCCUACAUAAGGCUGAUUCAUCAUGCACACUUCGAAAGCCAAUCAUCGUGAGACCGAUAUGCUCCUUUCCCCGCCCACUUUCCUCCUUCGCAUCCUCAUGUGCGCCGCUCUCUACCGGACCUUUACACGCAUCGACGCGGCGGCGUAUCCGAUGCAAAUGCAAGCACAAGUCACACCGCAGCCAGAACAACUUCGGCCUCUGCUGUUCAAGCAGAGCGAGUAUGCGCUCCAACGAGCUACAAUCAUGGCGUGGCCCACAAAACAUUCGUUGCGCGGGGAUGACAUUGCCCAGACUCGCACCGAGAUUGCUGCCAUCGCAAGGGCAAUAGCCCUGCAUCAGCAUGUUCUUAUGUUCGUCCACGACGACAAGCACAACAUAAACGUAGACAGCCUAUGGGCCCGCGACACGGCGCCCUCAUUCGUCGUGCGAGGUCGCGAAGCUCACGAGCUGGCCGGUGUUCAGCUCAACUUCAACGAGUGGGGACAUAAGACACACACGACAAGAGACGCCCGAUUUGCAAAGGCGGUCAACACGGAACUGAAGAUCAGACCCAUCAGUACGUGGCUACACAUGGAGGGCGGAGCGCUCGAGGUCGACGGUCAGGGCACAUUCAUGGGCACGCUCAGCUCUAUUGUCAACCCGAAUCGCAACAAGGGAGCAAGCCAAGCGGACAUCGAGGCGGAAAUGUCGAGACUUUUUGGAAUCAGACGGUUCAUCUGGCUGCCCGGCACAGCUGGCAUCGAUAUCACCGAUGACCACGUCGAUUCACUGGCGCGCUUUGGACCAAACAACACCAUCAUCGUCGCCGGUCGGAAUUAUUUCCUCAGCGAAAAGGAGCGUGCCGACUAUGUAGAAGGUCGACGAAUUCUUGACCAAGCUGUCAACUUCCAUCAACAGCCGUAUCGAAUCGUUGAAGUGCCUGACGCCGACUUUGAUGCAUUCAGCCGUAAAUUUGGCGAGGAAGACGAUACAACCUUGUCGUACGUCAAUUUUGCCCUGGUCAACGGGGCCGUGCUGGUGCCUUCAUUUGACGAUAAUGAGGCCGAUGGUAAGGCCGUUGCCAUUUUCCGCAGCCUUUUCGUUGAUCGCGAGAUCGUGCAGAUUCCGCUCCAGGCGCUAGCCCAAGAAGGCGGCGGCAUACACUGUGCAACUCAAGAGCUUCCGUUUGUCUAGCGGUGGAGAUAUUGGAGGACUUCGUGCUAAGGUCAUCCGACACAUACUGUGACUUCUCCCCCCGCUCACAAUGACAAAAUUUUGUUCUCGACUCGUGU